AUGAUGAACCUGCUCUGUUUUAUUCCCGAUGGCGGGGACGGCGUAUUAUCCGUGGAAGUUGAGGAAGACGACUCGGUGUAUGGCUUGAAGAGUGUCAUCUGCAAAAAGACUGUGUACGAGCUUCCGGCCUUAAACCUGCAGCUCUUCCUGGCAAGAAAGGAGAACGGCUCGUGGUUACGACUAGUUGAUGCAGUCGCAGUGCAGCUCGACGAGGACGGACACCCACAAGGUUUUACUGAGAUGAAUCUCGAUAAGUGGCUCAACAACGCUUAUCACUUCGGAACGAACUUUCAACCAAGUGAGGGGGAAGUGCACGUGCUGGUGGUCCUUCCUAAGAACCCGAUGACCUGGGCUACGACGGCUCAGUCGUUGACUAACCAGCAAAUGAAGAUGAUUGUUGAGGAGGUUCUAAGGGAGCGUGACAAUGAAAAGAGACCUACGUUCUCCACGUCAUCAUGCUCCCGCUCGGAAGAAGAGAAAUUGAUGGCCAAACUUGGGUUUAAGUAUUCGACCAUAGUCGCCAUGGAAGACGAAGAUACCUCAAUUGAUCCCUAUCUAUGGCAAGAAAACGUAGCAGAAGACCAUCCAGACCAACGAGCGGCCUGCAUGCAGUACCUUAAAGACAACCUUCGGGGUGUAGUGGCUCAAGACGAAGGCCAAAAAGCCGCUCGAUCGUGGGGACAGAAGCCCGACUUCUAUCUCAAAGAUACUUCCCAGAUGACGGGCUUGCUCGACUGCGAUAUGUCGCCGUUCGUAUUGAAAGGGACAGCGAGUAUGAUGAUUAUCGACGACGUGGCAGACCAAAUCCGGUUACUCACCAACCUGGACGACUACUGGUAUUUCCUGUGGCCCACGUCCGACAGGGAAAUCGCGGGGAUACUGCUCACGAGUCCGGCCAACGGGUUCAAGAUGAUGAAAGACGUUCUCAAGUACUCGAAGAUUCGAGUUGAUAUCUAA